UGCAAUAAACAAAAGUAGAUAAAGGGACCAACCUUUCUUGAACUUCAUUUAGGGAAGAUGUGCAGUAAAUCAAAAAAGUAAAUAGUCAAGAAGAUAGAGGGAUAUGUCGAGCAAUGGCCUUGUCAUCGUGUGUGUCGUGUUACUGUCGCUCUUGCUGGCUCCAUCGACUAGCGUUAGCGACGACCGACUACCGUCACAGUCUAAGGGAGAAUUCUACACUAACAGUUGGGCCGUGGAGGUGGCUGGAGGGCGGGCAGUGGCCGACGACGUGGCAACACGUCACGGCUUUGUCAACGUAGGACAAGCCGGGAGCUUGAAAGACAUUUAUCACUUCAUCCACGCUUUCUCUCCGUCCCGUCCGAAGCGCUCGCUGGACGCACCGCAUCAAUCUCUACUGACCGACUCCCGAGUAGUGUUUGCUGAGCAGCAAGUGGCCAAGAUAAGAGAGAAGAGAGAAGACUAUCACAGUCCAGAGAAUGCCAUGUGGUCCAAACAGUGGUACCUGCAUCGAGACAAUCACCACGACAUGAAUGUGGAGAGGGCCUGGGAAGAAGGCGCCACCGGAAAAGGAGUUGUCAUCUCCAUUCUUGACGAUGGCAUAGAGCACACUCACCCUGACCUCAAAGACAACUAUGACAAGAUGGCUAGCUAUGAUUUCAACGCCCACGAUGACGAUCCUUUCCCUCGCUAUGACAUCACCAACGAGAACAAACACGGGACGCGAUGUGCGGGGGAAGUAGCGGCGAGGAGGGACGGUGGGUGUGGCUCUGGAGCUGCCUUCCUCUCUAGUAUUGGAGGAGUUAGGAUGUUGGAUGGCUCAGUAACGGACGUGGUUGAGUCCAGCUCACUGCACCUGAAUCCUGAACACAUCGACAUCUACAGCAGCAGUUGGGGUCCUAGUGAUAACGGACAGACCGUGGAUGGGCCUGGAACACUGGCCAAGAAGGCUUUCAGUGACGGCGUUUCAAUGGGUCGCGGAGGUCUUGGCUCUAUAUUUGUGUGGGCCGCUGGGAAUGGAGGGAGAGACAGUGACAGCUGUAACUGCGAUGGCUACGCUGUCAGUCCGUUCACCAUCUCCGUAGGGUCGGUGACCCAAAACGACAAGUUCCCGUGGUACGCAGAGGUCUGCUCGUCGACGCUCUCUGCGACUUACAGCAGCGGCUCGGGAGCUGAGAAACAAGUUGUGAGUACAGACCUCCAUCACAGGUGUACAGAGAGGCACACGGGGACCAGUGCCUCGGCUCCACUGGCUGCUGGGAUCAUGGCUCUAGCUCUGGAGACCAAUCGGAACCUCACCUGGAGAGACAUGCAGUAUCUGAUCAUCUAUGCCUCAAACCCCGCCCUCCCAAAGGACGGGGAAUUCCACACCAACGCAGCUGGUCUCAGAGUCAGUCACAAGUACGGGUUUGGUGUCCUCGACGCCGCCGCCAUUGUGAACCGGGCACGCUGGUGGAUCACUGCGCCACCUCGUGAAAACUGCACCUUCGCUGUGGACGUCAGUAGCACUGGCAAAGCAACUCAGUCGAGUUCGCUAAACGUCAAAAUAGACACUUCCUCGUGCCCCAUUACCUAUUCGGAGCACGUCCAAGCCAUCACUACGCUCCACCUCGAUCGAGGGAAUCGUAAAAACCUGGAGAUAUUCCUGCAGUCUCCGAUGGGGACCAAGUCGAUUCUCCUCCCUCAUCGCCGACGCGACCUUCACAAAGAAGGGUUCCGUGACUGGCCGUUCAUGACAGUCCACAGCUGGGGGGAAAACCCCCACGGGGAAUGGAUUUUCAUCGUCAACAUCGACUCCUCCAACACCGAGGCCACUCUCGAGCAGCUGACACUUAUUCUCUACGGGACGAGGGAAACCCCCCGAUCAGUGAGGAAUGUUCCGUCGGAAUGCCACUCCGAGUGCCAAGGCGGAUGUGCCGGUGAAGGAGCAAAGUUCUGCGACACUUGCAAGAACUUUCGGCUGGAAACGACCCUCGAGUGUGUGGCGCAGUGCCCGACCGGGACUUACGUGGACCAUCACAUGUGUCGCUCGUGUCCACACCGCUGUAGUGAGUGCAAGGAGGGGUCGACCUGCCUGAAGUGUGCGGAGGGUGCCGUGAAACUCGCCAACGGUGACUGCUCGUCGUCGUGUGACCAGUUCUCGUUCCUCGCAGAGGGCGGGUCUUGCCAGGCCUGCCACCAUUCCUGCGCAGAGUGCGUGGGUCCAGCGGACACUGACUGCAGCGUCUGUCAGCCCCAGUUCAUUAAGGAGAGUGACGGGCGCUGCAUCGUGCCUCCGUCUUGUCAGGAGGGCGAGUAUUUCGACAGUCGUUCGCUCGAGUGCCGUCCGUGUCACGAAUCUUGCGCCGAGUGUGUGGGGAAAGGGGCUAAGGAAUGUACGGAAUGUUACUCUGGAUUUUCUCUCGAAGAUGGAGUGUGUGUGGUUGUCAGGUCCAGCAGCAAGCAGUGCAAUGGAGGAGAAUAUUACCACGAAGAGAGCGAACUGUGCAAAGCCUGCUCCUCCAACUGUGACAAGUGUACGGAUGAGAUCACAUGUCUGUCAUGUGACUUGGACGUCUUCCUCUGGACUGAACGAAUGGGGGAGAGCCAGCUAGAGGUCACGACCUGUAUCACAGACUGCCCAAAGGGUUUCCACGGUGAUGUAACGUCGUUAUCAUGCCAAUCUUGCCCCUCGUAUUGCACCGAGUGCGACAGCUACGACAAGUGUACCGCCUGUACCCUGGAUUUCGCAAUCCCCCUCAACGGACAGUGUCCCCAACCAUGUCACGACGGAGAAUACUUUGACUUUUCCACUUCGCACUGCCUCGCCUGUCUCGGCAACUGUCUCACCUGCAGAGACCCGCACACCUGCCUUGCGUGCGACCCAAACUUUUAUUUAGUCUCUGACACCAGCUGUGUGAGUGUGUGUCCAGAGCAUUUGGUGGAAGACGAUGAGAAUGGCGUGUGUCUGUCGGAAAACUGCCACGAAUCUUGUCUGACGUGUUUCGGAGAUGAACCAGACGAGUGCCUCACCUGUCCUGGAGGAGGGAAGCUGAUGGAGCAUUCGUGUCUCGAGGAGUGUCCCUCUCAUACGUACUUAGACGAGGCAGCAAGGUCGUGCAAACAUUGCCACGAGUUGUGCAAGUCUUGUGCCGGUCCAAGUCAGGACAACUGUCUGCUGUGUCCCGACGGUCGCGUCCUGAACCACUUCUCCUGUCUGUCGUCCUGUCCUGAAAACACGUUUGUCCUGAACGACACAGAGUGUGUGGCGUGUCCUGCUAACUGUGCCGAGUGUAGCAGCGCAGAAAAAUGUUCUUCGUGUAGUGAGGAAUAUCUUCUGCAGGAAGAGACAUGUGUUGAGAACUGUAGCCAAGGAUUCGCGAAAGACCAUCGAGACUGCAAGCCCUGUCCACAGGCUGUAAAUCCUGCUCCAAUCUCGAAUCGUGCGACUCCUGCCGAGAAGGUCUCUUCUACUACGAACCUGAUCGCUCGUGUCUCCCGACAUGUCCAGCCGGUUACUUUGGGGAGGAAGGAUCCUGCAAGCCAUGUCUUUGUGUCCCUGAAGAUCAUGGAGAAGCUGCUGACUGAAUGCGACGCCCAGCGUCUGCAGCUCAUCAUUGACAGCUACCUCCAGAUGCUUCACUCCAUGCUGGAAUCAACCGACUCCGAUUUCCAAAUCAAGGCCACCGACUCCUUUGUGAUGUUUUCUGAGAGAGAAGAGCAGACAACAUCGUACCAUCGGGAGUACGAUUUCUUUAUCCAUCGCUUCACCGCCAUGUCUCUUGUUAGGAGCUCUGCAACUGGUCAUUCCUAUCACCAGAUUCGAAAGGCAGGACUGAGAGGACUGCGAGGAGUGAUAAAAAAGACGGAGGGAGAUGAAAGUCUACAACUGAAUAUCUGGACCCCUGACGACCUGAACAAGAUUAUUCCCCCGUUCCUCUUCAACCUACAGCCGGGCGUCGCCGGAGACUGGAGGGUGGGGCAGGAGGCGGGGCCAGGAGACGAGAGUCUGGGUGGACUAGCUGAGGAGGGGCUGAAGGCAAUUGUUGUGUCUGCCGGUCUGGCUCAUAUCGAUGCUGUCUUCAUCCCUGUCCUCCAGCAUUUCGAUUUGAACACCAUAUGGACCGAAAAGAAGGAAUUUGGAAUCGAUAUUUUUAUCACCAUCAUCAGAACUAUGCAGAAGCAGUACAGGUACAAGGCUAUUCAGGCGUUGGUGGGUCAUCUGGACAGGAAAUCGGCAGAGUCCUGUCUCCUCAAACAGGGGAUUCUGGACACUCUGUCACAGUGUGUGUCCGUUGCUGCAGACGGCUCUCUCGGUCCGUCGGUAUUGGAUGUGUUUCGAACUCUCGUCCGUCACCUCAGGAUCUCCAUUGAGAACCCCUCCUCCCCUGCCGAGGCCUCCACAAACACUGCCUUUCAGGACUCGCUGACCUGUACGAUGGGAGAGUUUGCGAGUGUCCUCCCCGACUACCACAAACCUGACAUCAUGACACUCAUUACCUCAUACAUGGACCCAGCAGGGGGCGUGGCAGGGGGCGGGGCCACCGGGAGAGAGGAGAGGGGUGGAGGGCGAGGAAUGAAACGACAGAUAUCAAGCUCAGGAAAUGCUGUGUUGCGAGCGUCGCUGGUGAAGUGCAUGAGAUCCAUCGCGGAGACGUACCGACAUGAGAUGCUGGAAACAGCACUUCCCGAGGCACUGUUUACUUCUCUUGUGGAGCUGAUGACUGUCACACAACCUGAAACACAGUUGGACGUGUGCCUCUUGUGGCAGCAGCUGGUUGACCAUCACACCAACCUGCAGAAAAUACCUCUCCACACGAAGUGGGAGAGUCUGGGCUCAUGUGAGCUGAGUCUCGGCCGGGUGUCCCAACACUUUGUGAACCAGACCCGAUCCUCUCUCUACCCAAACCUCCUGUUCCUUGCACUCCAUAUCUCUCCCGACAGAGAGAAUAUUCUGGCCUACUACCGGCUCCUCGCUCUACUGGCACUGGAGUUUGCUCAGCCCGGGGUGUCGGACAUGGUCCACCUUCUGAGUAAACUCCAAGACUCAGCGGUAGACUCCACCUCCCAACUAUCCACCACUCAUCGCGUCUCUCUCCACGCCAUCACUGCCGGCAUCCUCCACCUCCUCUGUCACAUCUCCACCGUGCCUGCUCUGACGGAACACGUCCUGGAGGUCGUCCAGAGACGGAGUGAGACUGCUCCACUCCUGCUGCCGGAUCAGCUCUUCACAGCAGAGAGGGAAGAGGGGGCAGAUGGGGCCGAGGGGAGAGGGGAUAUUCCGACACGCGUGGGAGAAGACCUGCUGUUCCAUUUGAGAGAGAGGGGGCUGGUUAGGCAGAGUCCAGAGCCAACCAUGGACCCCACUUCAAAGAGAUCCCAACUGAUGCGAGAGAGCUCGACGACGUCCAAUGAUUUCCUACCGCACGCCUCCCUCUCUCUGGACUAUGGAUCUGAUUCACCACUGGGGGUCGAGCAAAUCAACUUCAGCAGUUUCAAGAAAGAGUCGGCGUUUGGCGAGUCUCCGACGACAGAGAUGAGAGAGAGACUUGGGUCUUCUCUGACUUACGAACAGCAAGUCGGACUCUCGUCUAGACACGACACAGGUCUGGCAGGAAUCGCUCAUUUAGUUCAAUCUGGAAGCAGUCCUGUGGUUGAGAACCAGACGAACUUGAGGACUGCCUCAGCAUACGAUAUGGAAAUGCCCACUCUCAACUGACCAUAUCAUUAUACAUUGCCCCACACAAUUCUCUCUCAGUCUCUCUACGAGAAAACUAUUUUUUACCGCGUG